AUGGGUAUUACGAUCCUUCCUCCCGUCGUGGAGGAUAUUGGCGGAGCGCUGCAUGAGGAGGUCGAGGAGCCAGUUGAAGACUCGGAGGGAGACAUUGAAAUGGAUUUCCCUUUAAGAAAACGGCCUCGGUUGGCAGGAGGGAAGAAAAGCAAACCGAGAGACUCUAGGUCUGGCAUUGUCGUGCCGGGCGAGCUGGUGACGGACGAUCCGCAGUGGAUGAGAGGCCACGGCACCUUCACCACCCCCUACUCAACCUCCAUCAUCGCCACCGUCGCUGGCAACGUCCAGAAAACCAACAAGCUGCUCUCGGUCCAUCCCCUGCGGGCACGCUACACCCCGGAGAUUGGUGACCUGGUCGUUGGCCGCAUCGUCGAGGUGCAGUCGCGUCGGUGGAAGGUCGACGUGGCGGCGCCGCUGCUGGCGCAGCUGCCGCUCUCCGCGAUCAACCUGCCCGGUGGUAUCCUGCGACGGCGCACGAGCGCUGAUGAGCUGCAAAUCCGGACGUUCUUCAGCGAGGGAGAUCUCGUAGUCGCGGAGGUUCAGACUGUGCAUUCAGACGGGUCAGCGUCCUUGCAUACGCGGUCGCUGAAGUAUGGGAAGCUGCGAAACGGUGUAUUUCUCGCGGUGACGGGGACGGGGGGUACCGGUGCGACCUUGCGAUCGGCGGUGAAAGGAGGAGUCGGAUCAGGUACCGCCGCGUCGGCUGGCGGAGUAGUCCGCUCACGACGACAGGUCUGGACGGUGAACACGGCCAACGGCGGCGGUGAGGUGGAUGUCAUCCUGGGCGUGAACGGCUACAUUUGGAUCUCCAAGCAUGCGGAUGGUAGCGCAGCGGCAUCCUCCGCGACGGAAAGCGUCUCGAUCACCCGGAUGGAGGAAAUGGUGUCCAGCUCGAUUUAUUCGAGUCAGAACGAUGAGAUCCCACCGCAGACGCGCCGCGAGAUUGCGCGCCUGGCGCAGUGCAUCCGCGUGCUGGUCGAGGGCGGUGUCCGGGUUGACGAGGAGACGGUCAUGCGGGCAUACGAAGCAAGCUUGCAGAUCGACCUCGAAAUGGCUACUGACGAAGACGACGAGGACGAGAGGCGACGAGAAGGGAGAGAUUAUCUAGGGGGAACGAAGGCGCGGAGAAUUCUCGAAGUGGUUCUCCAGCGAUGA